CUUCUACACUUUGCCCCCUUCUUAUUUCGAGCGAGCGCUCGCUGAGGGAGAGCGAGAGCGAGCGAGGCGUCUCGUGCAGAUUCCACUGACACACUGGCGCGCGGAGGACCUCGCGGUUAAACCGUGCGCAUUUGUACUUGUACGGCACAUACAUUUACUCAGAUAUUACCCGGCCCAAAAAAAAAAAGAAAGGAAAAAAAAAAAAGUGCCUGGGGGAGAGGGGAGGAGGAAUAAUCAAAACGCAACACGUAUCCGGUGGGAUCCCACUCCUGAGAGAGACAGAAGCGGCAGGAGUUGGGUGCGAGGAAAGCGAGAGGGAGAAAGAAGAAGAGGGGGGAAAGAUUUGACACUUCGCUUGCAACAACGCGUUUUUAAUUCACAAAGAGGAAUAAUGAGGAACGUUUGGAUAAUUUUGACCCUUGGGCUGGCUGUCUUCCUCUCCGGGGAAAGGAUAGCACAAGCAGCCAAGACUUCCUCCCAGGCUGAUGACUUAUACCUGGAUGACACAGGAUCAGGAGGUUACUACCCUGAAGAUGAUGAUGACUUUAACUCAGGGUCUGGCUCAGGUGGAGGUGAAGAAGUGGUAGAAGAAACAGCGACUGUCACUAUGGUUUAUAUUGAGCCCAGUGUAGCACAACCUACCCAAGACUCCACGAAAGAUUUCACCCCGAGAAUGGACACAGCCACGGUUAGAGUAAAACCCAGGCAGAACACACCCAGGAAACCAUUCACAACAAAGGCAUCAGUGCCAGAUACAGAGGGCAUGCAGAGGACUAGCACGACGAGUGCCCCCGGCUCACCUCCAGAUCCCGUUGAGGUCCACACUGAAAACCUCUUCCAGAGGACAGAGGUGUUGGCAGGUAUGUGUCAUACUGUUAUUGCAGGUGGUGUUAUUGGCUUCCUGUUUGCCAUCUUCCUCAUUCUCCUCCUGGUCUACCGCAUGAGGAAGAAGGAUGAGGGCAGCUAUGACUUGGGAGAGAGGAAACCCUCUGGCGCGGCCUAUCAGAAGGCCCCAACCAAGGAGUUUUAUGCAUAAAACCCGCUCUCCCAUCACCAGAUCAGCAAAUCACGAAGGACUGUGAGCAGCGCAGUCCAACAACAGCAAACCUGCUCAAACACAAGAAACAACAACAAAAUGUUUUAAAGUUGAUUAAAGGUAAAAUAGGAAAGCUUUUGCAUAGAGUAAUGUAAUUAUGACCUUUUCUUUCUUUCUUUCAUUCUUUUUUUUUUUUAAAUGAAAACCAAGCAUUUCUCAUUUUAAGGCAUCUGAGUAUAUUUAAGCAUUUUGUGUAUUAUUUGAAAAGGCUGAAAAAAUAAAAACAGGAUGUGUAAAGUUGAGGCAACUGACCGCAUCUGUGUUCUGGAGCCGUUUUUAGUCGCUGACUACUUUUAACUGUAGCAGUAUGUUAUUUUGUAAAGGAAAAAAAAAAAAGUUAAGUGGAAAUAAUUGAAUAUAAUUAUUCUGUAUCGAACCUACUUUCUUUUUUUUUGUUUGUUUGUUUGUUUGUUUUGUCCUAGCAUGUCUGAUGUUGAUCUCUAAAAGGUGUAUUACAUUAAUUUAUCGUUUCUCUGACGUUUUAAAAAAAAAAAAUGCCUUUAUAGUUUUGAUGAAGCUCUUUGGUCUUCACAUUAACGCUGUUAACAGUCAAUGUUAAUGUUCUCCCUUCAGGUUACAAUGUUUAUUAUUUGCUCUCAUAUCCGUUUUUGGUCAAAUGUGAGCAUGUCAUCAUGUCAUGUUAAUUUGUAUAUUCUCAGUGUAGCCCUAUUUUUUUUUUUUUUCUUCAAUACACAGGAUCUUUUAAAAGAAAAAAAUGUGUGGGCUCAAGCAAAUCCACAAACCUCUCUUCUUGUCUAUUUAAUUCAUUCUCUUUCCACAUUGUGCAUUUACUGCUUUUGCUUUCCACUUGUUGUUGUCCAGCUUUGUGCGCAUGUAUGUGGAGCAUUUCCUCUCCAUGGCUUCUUGUGUUUUUGUCCCAUAGCCCCCUCCUCCUCGAUGUGUCCCUCAAGUUUAGUGACUGCACCCAGAUUUUGCUAGCAGACUUUAACCUUUGUCCCCUCUCUGUCUCUCUGUUUCCCCCCAAACUCCCUCGCUCCUACCGUCUUUAUAAACAGAGUGGAGCACAGCCAGUUGAGCUGUCAGUCCUCCUCCCUCCCCGGUUGCCUGGUGUCAUUGUCUGUGUCCCAGCAUAGGUACUUUAGACCCACAGAUUUGCUCAGUGAAGGCCUGCUACUUCUUGGACACGAGGCUGGGCCUGAAUCCUCGCAUGCAGUGCACAUCCUUUUGCAGCAAACGAAAGCAGAAGCACUCUUAGAAAUCCAGUUUCUCUGAGUGAAAUAUGCAUAAAGCUGCACAGAAAAUGUAAAACCGUGUUAUAUAUCUGAAUAGUCUUUGACAAGACACCCGUAUUGAGGGCUAUUUUGUUUGUUUUUAGUGGUGAGUCCUUGCAUUUCUAAAGAGCUUUCUCUGGGAGGUUGUUUAGCAGGUUAAAAACCUAAAGUUGGGGUUAGUUUUGAUGCCAUUUUGCAUCCUAAAAAUAAAAUCUUUUAAAUGAUGGCUGCUGAAAGAUUGCCACAUAGCUACAUCAAAUGAAAACAAAGGUUAUGGUCACGUGACAGCAGGUUGCUGUCUUCCUUUCCUUUUAAUGUUACAUCUACAUUAACUUGCUCUUGAGAGACAUUUUUUGUCAGGCAGGUUUGUGAAGUUGCCUUUUUUUUUUUCUUUUUUUUUUAGAUGUACAGUAAUGUGAAGUAGAUGUAGUAUCGUCUAAACUUCUAACACCACCCACAUGCAGCUGUUCAUCCCUCUACUUCUCCAUCCUUUGUGUUCCUCUCAUUCUUUCAGUCUCCGUGAUCCUUUUUGGUGUCUGCUUCCUUUGUUGUUGUCAUAGGACCUAAAUUACUGAACUAUACAGAAAAACCCAAAGACUCAAAGUACUCUACUUCUCAUACUCACUCCCCUCCAUUAUGGCCACAUCAUGUCAUUUCCCCUCCCUUUUCUUCUCCUUCACUCUUUUACUUUUCCCCCCCUUCUUUUUAGAGACCUGACCUUUGAGUCCAAUUACUUAUUAGUAUAAGAAAAGAAAUAUAAAUAUAUAUAUAUAAAUGUAUAUUCACAAAUGUUUUAAACCUUCAAAGUGCCUACCAUUUGGAAAUGUACUUGCUCAAGGGGAGCAUGUGUCGGGUGUGUACACAGAGGAGGAGUGUAAGCAACUUGACUGGCAUUCUGUGAGCAUGGAUGACUGUAAUGGUAACUUUUUUUUUUUUAGUCUUACAAAAGCUGACAGUAUUGUACCUAUAAGUUGAAACAACACUACUGAAUAAACAUUGUGGCCUAAUAUCCAA